AUGGUUGCCACAAAAGAGUUGGCCUUGGCCUUGGCCAUGCUGUCAAUGUGUGGACUGGGUCACGCCGAGAACAACAUCACUUCUGAUACCUACUUCUACGGACAAUCCGAGCCAGUGUAUCCCUCACCGCAGGGAACCGGAUCUGGCGAUUGGGCACAGGCUUACCAGAAGGCUACUGCUAUGGUGUCGCAGAUGACACUAGAAGAGAAGAACAACCUCACCUACGGCGUCAGCAGCACCGCAAACGGAUGCUCGGGCAACAUUCCGCCAAUUCCUCGUCUGGGAUUCACCGGGCUCUGUCUGAGUGACGCAGGCAACGGCGUGCGGGCAACCGACUUUGUCAACAGCUACCCCAGCGGAAUUCACGUUGGUGCAAGCUGGAACAAGACACUGGCCUAUGAACGAGGCUGGCAUAUGGGUGGCGAGUUCAAGAAGAAAGGUGUAAAUGUUGCCUUGGGUCCUGUUGUUGGACCCUUAGGAAGAGUGGUCAGUGGAGGCAGGAACUGGGAGGGUCCCUCGAAUGAUCCUUACCUUGGCGGUGCCAUUGCCGCUGCCACGGUGAAGGGUACUCAAGAUCAGGGCGUGAUCACCAGUGUGAAACACUUCAUCGCCAAUGAACAAGAGCUCUACAGGAAUCCCACAAAGAACUCAGAGAACCAGACGGUCGAGUCCAUCUCGAGUAAUCUCGACGACAAGACCAUGCAUGAGUUGUAUCUCUGGCCUUUUCAGGAUGCCUUGAAAGCAGGUGCCGGUAACAUCAUGUGCUCCUACAACCGACUGAACAACUCCUAUUCUUGCCAGAAUAGCAAAGCACUCAAUGGACUUUUGAAAGAAGAGCUAGGAUUCCAAGGCUUUGUCGUUACGGACUGGACUGCCCAGCAUGCUGGUGUUGGUGCAGCUUUAGCUGGUCUCGAUAUGGCAAUGCCAGAUGGCGCAAGUUUCUGGGGCAACAACUUCACCGAGGCUUUCACCAACGGUAGCGUUCCAAUGACGCGCUUGGACGAUAUGGCCACUCGUAUUAUUGCAACGUGGUAUCAAAUGGGACAGGAUGAUGCCAAGUUCCCAGCCCUUGGUGUUGGUAUGCCAGCCAACAUCAGUGAGCCCCACGAGCUUGUCAACGCCCUCACACCUGAUGCAAAGCCUGUCUUGUUUGAUGGCGCAGUCGAAGGUCAUGUACUGGUCAAAAAUGUCAACAACUCAUUGCCACUGAAAUCGCCAAAGCUGAUCUCCGUCUUUGGUUACGAUGCCAAAGCACCGGAUGCAUCGAUGCCCAGCGGAAAGAACUUUAUUGAAAAUCCCUGGAUGUUGGGCUUACAGCCAGCAGUUUUCCAAAGCGGCCAAGUCUUCGUGAACACAUCGCCCAAUAUCCCCAAUGAUUUCCAGAUCGCGUUCAAUGGUACACUUUCCGUUGGUGGCGGUUCAGGUGCGAAUAAUGGGCCGUAUCUCAGUGCGCCUCUCGAUGCACUACAGCAGCGAGCGUACGAAGACAAUACCGCCCUGCUGUGGGAUAGCGCUGUUCCUUCGACAAAUCGUGGCUUGAUGGAGGCAUCCGACGCAUGCUUAGUGUUCAUUAACGCCUUUGCAACCGAGAGCAUGGAUCGCCCUGGCAUUCGCGAGGACUAUUCAGACGGGCUGGUCAAACAUGUCGCGUCAACCUGCGCGAAUACAAUCGUGGUCAUUCACAACGCUGGCACUCGGCUGGUCGAUCAGUUUGCCGAUCAUGAGAACGUCACUGCUAUUGUCUUCGCACAUCUUCCAGGCCAGGAGUCCGGUCGUGCCAUCGUCUCUUUGCUUUAUGGCGAUGAAAACUUCAGUGGAAAGCUACCUUACACUGUUGCCAAGAACGAAUCUGAUUAUGCAACUCUCAUACAUGAUGGGCCAGUGGCUCCUUACGGACUGUUCCCUCAGUCCAACUUCGAGGAAGGCAUUCUGACAGACUAUCGCUACUUCGACGCGCACAACAUCACUCCUCGCUACGAGUUUGGCUUCGGUCUGUCGUACACGAACUUUACCUUCAAGAACAUCCAGGUCUCCGCGCCCAAUAGCACCUUAGCUGCCUACGCCAUGGGCACAAUUGAACAAGGUGGUGCCGUGGACCUCUGGGACAAUGUUGCGAUUGUUACGGCCGAGGUCAGCAAUACUGGCCGACGGUCUGGCGCCGAAGUUGCUCAGCUAUACGCUGCGAUUCCCGGUGGCCCCCGAAACAGCUCCGUGGAUUCGAAAAGGUCAUUAUUGCACCGGGCCAAACGGUGCCAGUCACUUUUUCUUUGGCCCGUCGCGACUUGA